CCUGAGAACGCCAACCGCUACUGGAGAGCGCUAUGUCCAGCCAGAGUCAGGUGUCCAUGGCAGCAAUGACCGAACCAGGUCUUGCCUUUGUCGCGCAGCCAUCAAUGACUCACGUGCAACGUCUUGUCAAGCCCAGUGUGACCCAACAGCCGGUGUCCAAUGAUGGAGAUGCCAAAACUUUCUCCGCAGCCGUGAUGGGUGGGUCCUUGUUGGGCUUGACGGCGGGCAUGUCCAAGCGCUCCAAACGUUCCAAGCGUUCCCUGCUUCGAGUGGCCACUGCAGACGUGCAGACCAUGAAUGCUCCGGAUGGGGAGGAUGAGAUGAUGGCAGGCGUCUCUGGCGGCGCCUUCGGCGGCUACACCCAGUCCAACGUCGCGGCACGCCGUGUGGUGCCCAGCGAGGAGCAAAGGAAAGGCAGAAAGUUCGUGAAGGUCGUCUACGUUGUGUUGGAGUCGCAAUAUCAGUCUGCGAUGACCACAGCCAUCCGACAGAUCAACAAGACCCCUGGCCCCGUCUGCAUGGAGUGCGUGGGAUAUUUGCUGGAGGAGAUCCGAAGUCCCGAGAGCGAAGAGCAAUUGGCCAAGGAUCUGGACGAUGCCAACAUCUUUAUUUGUUCCUUGAUCUUCGUACAGGAACUGGCAGAGAAGUUGGUGAAGAUCGUAGAGCCUCGUCGCGACCAGUUGGAUGCCUGCCUGUGCUUCCCCUCCAUGCCCGAGGUGAUGAAACAAAACAAGCUGGGCACCUUUGACUUGACGCAGAUCGCCGGUGGCCCCUUGGGCAACUUCGCGCAGCAGGUGAAGGAUCUGAGAAAGAAUUCCCUGUCCAAGAACAAACCCGCCUCUGGUGGCAACUUCCAAGAUAGCCUCUUGAAACUGGUAAGGACGCUGCCCAAGGUGCUCAAGUUCCUCCCUGGUGAGCAGGCCGCAGACGCCAGGACCUUCGUCCUCUCCUUGCAGCACUGGCUGGGUGGAACCCCCGAGAACUUGGAGGCCAUGCUGCUGAGAAUUGCUGGUGGCUAUGUGCCAGGUGUUGAGGAGAUCGACACCGAGAAGUUGAUGGAACCUGUGGUGCUGCCAGACAUGGGCAUUUGGCAUCCGCUGGCCCCGCAGAUCUUUGAUACCAUGGACGAGUACCGUGAGUGGUACGACAACGUGCACUGCCCCGCCGCCGGCAUCCUGCCGGACGCCCCGUUCAUCGGCCUGGUCCUGCAGAAGUCGCACAUCGCCACCAAGGAUGAUGGCCAUUACGUGGGCAUGGUCCAAGAGCUGGAGCGUCGCGGUGCCCGUGUGGCCUGCACCUACACCGGUGGCCUGGAUUUCUCGGUUCCCGUGCAGGAGUACUUGGCCAGCUCCAACGGCGAGGGCGUUGUGGAUGCUUUGGUGAAUUUGACGGGCUUCUCGCUGGUGGGCGGACCUGCCUCUCAGGACGCCAAGAAGGCCAAAGAGGUUCUGAUGAAGUUGAACCGUCCCUACAUGGUGAGUGUGCCACUGGUCUUCCAGUCCUUCACCGAGUGGCAGAACAGCCAGCUGGGACUCCACCCUGUGCAGGUGGCAUUGCAGGUGUCUCUGCCUGAGAUCGACGGCGCCAUCGAACCUCUGAUCUUCUCGGGGCGCGAUGGCACCAGUGGACGCUCCAUCCCUAUGCAGGACCGUAUCGGCAGCCUGGCCACACGUGCGAUGAACUGGGCCAACCUGCGUCGCAAGUCCAACGCUGAAAAGAAGCUGAGCAUUUGCGUGUUCCAGUUCCCCCCUGACAAGGGCAAUGUGGGCACCGCUGCUUAUCUGGAUGUCUUUGGGAGCAUCUAUGCAGUCAUGAAGGAGCUGAAAAAGCAGGGCUACACCGUGGAGGAUAUCCCUGACUCGGUCGAAGGCCUGCAGAAGUCCAUCUUGGAAGACCCAGAGGCUGCCAUGUCGAUGUCCGAACUGAAUGUGGAAUACCGCAUGAGUGUGGAUGAGUACAAGGAGUUGUGCCCUUUCUCUGAAGACCUGCAUGAGAACUGGGGACCUCCACCUGGCGAGCUGAACACCGAUGGCCAGGACCUCUUGAUCUACGGCAAGAAGUUUGGCAACAUCUUCCUGGGUGUGCAGCCCACCUUCGGCUAUGAGGGCGAUCCCAUGAGGCUGCUGUUUGCCAAGAGCGCAUCGCCUCAUCACGGCUUCGCGGCCUUCUACACCUAUUUGGAGUUCAUCUUCAAGGCGGAUGCCUUGCUGCACUUUGGCACCCACGGCUCCUUGGAGUUCAUGCCUGGGAAGCAGGUGGGCAUGUCAGGCAGCUGCUACCCUGAUCGCUUGAUCUCGGUUCUGCCCAACCUCUACUACUACGCAGCGAACAACCCCUCAGAGGCGACCAUUGCCAAGCGACGCUCCUACGCCUCUACCAUUUCAUAUUUGACUCCGCCGGCCGAGAAUGCGGGACUCUACAAGGGCCUCAAGGAGCUCAGCGACUUGGUGAAGUCCUACCAGGGAUUGAGGGAGAACGAGCAGCGAGGUGCUUCCAUCGUGAACAGCAUCAUCGCCACUGCGCGACAGUGCAAUUUGGACAAGGACAUUGAUGAUCUGCCUAGUGAGGAGGACGAUAUGGCAAAGGUGACCAUGGAAGAGCGUGAUGAUGUGGUGGGGAAGGUCUACCGCCUGCUGAUGGAGAUCGAGUCGCGGGCGUUGCCCAUGGGUCUGCACCAGGUGGGUGUUCCGCCCAGUGCCGAGGAGAGCAUCGCCACCUUGGUCAACAUCGCCCAGUUGGAUCGCCCCGACAUGAGCAUCAAGAGCCUUCCCCGCAUCAUUGCGGAGUCCAGGGGCAAGGACAUCGAGGCUGUCUACAAGGGCAACAACGAUGGCAACCUUGAGGACGUGGCCCUGGUGCAGGACAUCACCCUGGCCUCGCGCGCGGCCGUGGGCGCGUUGGUGCAGCAGUCCACCAACGCGGACGGCCGCGUGGAGGCGGUGAAUCCGAUGCAGGGCAUGUUCGACUUCUUCUCCGGAGGAUCUGUCUACAAAAAGGCCUUGGCGGAGUGCGGUUUCGACUGCUCGGAUGAUGACCUGAAGCCCCUCUUUGAGUACCUGCAGGUUUGCCUCGGUGAGGUGGUGCGCAACAACGAAGUGCCCACCCUGAUCAAUGCUUUGGAUGGGAAGUUCAUUGAACCAGGUCCUGGCGGCGACCCCAUCCGCAACCCCGAUGUGCUUCCAACGGGCAAAAACAUGCACGCCCUCGACCCCAACUCCAUCCCUACGAAGGCCGCCUGUGAUGUGGCCCUGGUGGUGGUCGAACGGCUCUUGGAAUCCCUGAAACAGCAGCAGGGCGAGAUGCCGGAAUCGAUCGCCUUCACUCUGUGGGGCACGGACAACAUCAAGACCUAUGGUGAGAGCCUGGCCCAGGUCUUGGCCCUUGUGGGUGCCCGCCCUGUCCCAGAUUCCUUGGGACGUGUGAACAAGGUGGAGCUAAUCCCCUUGGAGGAACUGGGAAGGCCUCGUGUGGACGUGGUCUGCAAUUGCUCGGGCGUCUUCCGUGACCUCUUCAUCAACCAGAUGAAUCUUCUGGACCGAGCCAUCAAGGCUGCAGCAGAGGCGGAGGAGCCAGUGGAGAUGAACUUCGUGCGCAAGCACGCCAUGGAGCAGGCGCAAGAGCUGAACAUCUCCCUUCGACAGGCCGCCACCCGUGUCUUCAGCAACGCGGCGGGGUCCUACUCUGCCAACGUGGGCAUUGCCAUCGAGAACGGCGCCAACGUAGAUGAAGACCAGCUCCAGGAGCAGUUCGUGACACGCAAGGGCUUCGCCCUGAGUUCCGAUGCGCCGGGAGAGUUACAGGAGGCCUCGGGUCUCUUCAAAUCUGCGCUGAGUAAGGUGGACGUGACCUUCCAAAAUCUGGACAGUAGCGAGAUUUCGUUGACGGACGUGUCGCACUACUUCGACAACGACCCAACCAAGGUGGUGGGCAACCUGCGCAAGGACGGCAAGAAGCCGGCGUCGCUGAUCGCCGACACCACCACGGCCAACGCGCAGGUGCGGUCGCUCUCAGCGCAGGUCCGCCUGGAUAGCCGAACCAAGCUCUUGAACCCCAAGUUCUACGAGGCCAAUCUGAAUGGUGGCUAUGAGGGCGUGCGCGAGAUCUCGAAGCGUAUGCGCUUUACCUUUGGCUGGAGCACCACCGCCGACGCCGUGGACAAUUUUGUCUAUGAGGACUGCAACACGACCUACAUCCAGGACGAUGAGAUCAAGAACAGGAUGCUGGAAGCGAACCCAGAUGCCCUUCGAGACAUGGUGCAGACUUUCUUGGAAGCCAACGCCAAGGGCUACUGGGACACUGAUGAGGAGAAUCUACAGAAGCUGCGGGACGUUUACCAGGAGUGCGAAGACCGCAUCGAGGGAGUGGACUUUGCUGCGUAAGCUUCAGGCGUCCGUCCCGGUCCUGGCCCUCCAGAUGUUUGUUACUUCACAGGUUGAGGCGCCUCAUCCUUAGAUUCGCUUAGUCCGUUUGACUGCUCUGGGACUGAUGAAAAAAGAUUUCUUGACCCCAGGUUUCCGCAGUCAUUUGUAGAAAAAAAACGAAGAAGUAAUUUAAAAAAAACAUCAGGGUCCGAAAUAUGUGACCUUGAGCCUUUCUCCUUUGUCCACUCUGCUCUGGCGUCCGGGGCACUGUGCAACAAUGGUUGCUGGAUUUGGCUCCUGCGUGCUGGCGUAGGCCAUAUGGGGCUGGUGGCAUCGGAACCCGCAAAAGCCAUGGCAGCUGC